AUGGCACUUCAGCUAUUUCCUGACGUUAGCAAAACCACUGCUGUCCGAGAUGGAACGAAAUACUCCUAUAUUUACAUCCCCGCAGCCGAAUCCACAAAGCCUGCGUUCUUACUUCUUCACGGCUUUCCGAGCACGAGCUAUGACUGGCGUCAUGUAGUACCGUUAUUGCAAGAGCUUAAAUACGGCAUUCUCGCUCCAGACCUGCUUGGAUAUGGUGACUCGGAUAAGACGACAGAUGUAGAAGCGUAUUCGCUCAAACGAAUGGCAGAUCAUAUCCUUGAGCUGGUUGUAGGUGAAGGACUAGAACGAGUUGUCGGUGUUGGCCAUGACUGGGGCUCUACACUUCUUUCAACCGCUGCGUUAGCUUAUCCGAGUCGUUUCUCUGGUUUGGUAUUCACAGCCGUUGGCUACAGUCCUCCAGCACCGUUCGAUCUUCAAUCUGUGAAUUCGAUGGUGCGAGAAUACAUCGGAUACCCUGCAUUCGCGUAUAUGGAGUUUUUCAACGAGGAUGAUGCUGCGGCUGUGUGUGACUCAAACCCAGCUUCGGUCACAUCAAUGUUGUAUUCCACGACACCGGAGGACUGGAAAGCGCAUAUGGGUACAGAAGGUGGAGCAAAGGGAUGGGUUAUCAGUGGUAGGGUGGCCCCUCCUCCAUCAUGGAUGAGUGACGAGGAAGUUGCUACGCAUGUGCAAAUUCUCAGGAAGGGGGGGUAUACAGGUCCAUUGAACUGGUAUAAAUCAUUUAUUCGUGGAAUCGACAGGCCGUUUCACGCCCAGUUCACCACUGAUGAGAGCAAGAACCUCAAUAUCCCUGCGCUGGUGGUUACCGCAAAGUAUGACUAUGGCAGUCGCCCGGAGUUUCAGAUACCGGCAGCAGAAAAACAUUUGUCAAUUCGACGCAUUGAAAUGUUUGAUUGCAGUCACUGGAUUCCACUGGAAAAGCCAAAGGAGCUAGUUGCAUUGUUGGAAGAGUUUGCGAGAAGCUUAUGA